AUGAUCGAGGAAUCCCAUGUGAUUGACCCAAAUGGCGAGGUGAUGAUUAUCCUGCGAAACGCCAAUGCUCCCUUUGCAGUUUACGGUACUCCUGAACAACUGAGAGCAGGUCAGACGAAAGAUGACAUUCAUGAAGACGUUCGCAUCCAGGUAUCCGCAAAACACCUGAUGCUUGCCUCUCCGGUGUUUGAGAAAGCAUUGACCGGUCCUUGGAAGGAGGGUGUCAGUCUGGAUAUGAAGGGGUCAACAGAAAUUAGUGCCGAAAACUGGGACACCGAGGCGCUAUUGACUUUUCUUAGGGUUAUACAUUGCCAAUUCCAAUCUGUACCUCAGGAAAUGAGUCUUGAGCUUCUGGCAAAAGUGGCCGUAAUAUCCGACUACUACGGAUGCCAGGGUGCACUGAGAUUCUUUUCCCGCGUUUGGGUCCAGGAGAAAAUCAUCCCCAGGAAUUAUUCUCGGGAUUUGAUCUUAUGGCUAUGGAUCACCUGGUUCUUCGACUUGUCAGGUGAGUUUCAUAAUGCCACGUCGAUUGCGAUGUCGCAGUGUAGCGGCGAGAUUCCCUCUCUCGGGCUUCCAAUCCCACCCACAAUCAUAGAGCACAUGAACACGCUCAAAAAAGCCUCUCUCAUGGAGAUAUGGUCCCUACUUGAAGGGGCCCGUGUACGACUUCUCCAUGGCGAACAUGGUUGCCAUUUUGAGUGCCGUGCAAUGCUGUAUGGGGUUCUUUCAAUGCACAUGCAUGACAACCAACUAGGUUGGCCAAUUAUCCUGGAGCAAAGCUACGAGAAAAGUGCACAAGCAAUAGAAUCAGUUAGGCGACCACGAUGGCGGGAGCCAUGUAACGACAGCGGCACUACGGCAAGCAACCGUCGCUUGCACAACUGUCCUGACUGCAAUUUUACCCGCCUACUGGGUCAUGUGGAGCAGAGUGUCGAAGGUCUCGAUUUGGACACUUGA